GUCCUCGCGGAGGCCUGGGCGGCGCGGCCUGGGGAUGGUGGGCCCCUGCGCUUCUGCGGCGGCGAGGGCACCCCCAGAGCAGCCGUGCCCCGGGGCUGCCCCAGCAAGGCGCUUGACAGCGAGCCCUGGCGAAGUUGGGCAGCUGUGAGGCUGCCCGUCGCCGUUAAGUGCCCUUAGGAUGCAGCGAUUAAGGAAUUAGGCUCUCCCUCCGGGAGGGGCACCGCCUGCGCUUGAGAACCCGGUGCAGAGAAAAAGGACAGAAUGAUGCUGUCCGAGCAAGCCCAAAAGUGGUUUCCUACCCACGUGCAGGUCACAGUGCUCCAAGCCAAAGAUCUGAAGCCCAAAGGCAAAAGUGGCACCAAUGACACAUACACUAUAAUUCAGCUGGGCAAGGAAAAGUACUCCACCUCUGUAGCCGAGAAAACCCUUGAGCCAGUCUGGAAGGAAGAGGCCUCUUUUGAGCUACCUGGGUUGCUAAUGCAGGGGAAUCCAGAGAAAUACAUUCUUUUCCUCAUAGUUAUGCACAGGUCCCUGGUGGGUCUGGAUAAAUUUUUAGGGCAGGUGGCAAUCAAUCUCAAUGACAUCUUUGAGGACAAACAAAGAAGGAAAACAGAGUGGUUUAGAUUAGAAUCCAAACAAGGAAAAAGAGCCAAAAACAGGGGUGAGAUAAAGGUCAAUAUUCAAUUCAUGAGGAACAAUAUGACAGCAAGUAUGUUUGACUUAUCAAUGAAGGACAAAACAAGGUCUCCUUUUGCAAAAUUAAAAGAUAAGAUGAAAGGUAGAAAAAACGAUGGGACAUUUUCUGAUACGUCUUCUGCCAUCAUUCCAAGUUCUCACAUGCCCGAUGCCAGUACUGAAUUUUCAAGUGGUGAAAUGCAGAUGAAAUCCAAACCAAAAAAGCCUUUCCUUUUGGGUCCUCAGCGACUCUCUUCAGCACAUUCGAUGUCUGAUCUGACUGGGACCCACAUAUCUUCUGAGAAGCUGAAGUCUGGCACCGCUGGUCAGACACAUCUUCUUGGACGCCAGGUAGAUUCCUUCGGAGCGGUUCCGGAAAGUGGAAGUCUCAAAUCUCCACACAGAAGAACAUUAAGCUUUGAUACUUCUAAAAUGAACCAACCUGACAGCAGUGUGGAUGAAGGUGACUCGUCUUUCGGAAGACAAAAUGACCCAUUUACAAAUGUGACUGCUUCAUUACCCCAAAAAUUUGCAACACUGCCAAGGAAGAAAAAUCCAUUUGAAGACAGCAGUGAAUCCUGGGACAGCAGCAUGAAUUUAUUUUCAAAACCAGUUGAAGUAAGGAAAGAAAAUAAAAGGGAGAAAAGGGAGAAAGUUAGCCUGUUUGAAAGAGUGACUGGAAAAAAAGAUAGCAGAAGAUCUGAUAAACUUAACAAUGGGGGAUCUGAUAGCCCUUGUGACUUGAAAUCACCCAAUGCAUUUAGUGAAAAUCGUCAGGACUAUUUCGAUUAUGAGUCAACUAAUCCGUUUACAACAAAAUUCAGGGCUUCAAAUAUAAUGCCAUCUUCAAGUACAAGUUGGAACUGCGAAUAUACCUUUAAAUGAGAUUAUGGCUUUUGCAGAAGUACACCGUGGAACAGCUGAUUAAAGAAACCUUAAGCAAAGGCUAAGAUGAAUGUAUUGGAAUCCUAAGCAAUUAUAGAAUAGUAUCGUAGAGUGUCUGCCGUGGGAAAUAGAAGUUUUUCCUCAAGGCAGUAAUGUCUAGAAUGCAGACCGGAGCGGGAACCCUGGCUCGCUACCUCUGUGACCUCUAUAAACCUCAUCAUCUCCAUCUUUGAAACAAGGAAAAGAAUACCUACCUGGUAGGACUGGGUGAUGAUAAGUUACAAAUCAAGUACAUGGUAUAAAGCCAGGGCCCAGCUAGGGAACCCGUGAACGGUAGCUGUUAUUAUGUUUUAUAUACUGUCAUAUCAUACUUUAUUCAAAAGCAGUGCUUUGUUUUGUCCCACUGUAAGCGAAAAAUACAGUGCUAACAAGCACCCAUUUAGACGGUACUCUCCACCUGUCUUCCGAUCUCCUAAUGACGCGUUCGAGUAGGCAUUUAACAUUUUCACGGGAAACGUGUUUCUUUCGUUUUCGUUUAGCAAUAAAUAUUUGCCAUGGCUUUAAAAGGUAUUGUUCGGUUUUCUUUAUAAACUACACUCCAAAGAAAUAGAUUUUUAUCAUGUGGUAUUAAUGUUUUAUUGAGUCCGUAGUUUUGUUAUGCCGCUCUCAAAUAUUUCAUUUUGGGAUUUUACAUAGUAUAUUGCAUAUAUUAAGUCCUAAAUUACAGGGGUAAAUAGGAAUAUAUUUGCUUCUCCCCACUUUCACUGAACUUCUUUUUAUGAAGAAGAUAAUUAAAAACAACUGUCUGAGAUAACUUAGAGAUUGGAUAAUUUAUAUAAUUUUAGAGUCAAAGAAAAGCAAGAAAAAUGGGAAAUGAUAGGAAAAUAAUGUUUUUAAAUUAUGGCAGCAUAUGGAAAAAGUAAGUGUCCUCAGCUCUUUAAUUGCCCUUUACUUGGGCUGUUCACAUGGACUGCCACAGAUUUGAAAAGUGAGUGUGGCAUUUUGCCCGAUUCAGGCUUUGUUUGGGCGAUUUCAGUACGAGCGCUAUUUCUAUCAGAAUUAGAGUUGUUUCUUGAUAUAUGCAUAAAACGCUUGCAAGCAUUUAAAAAAAAAACAAAAAAACAAGAUUUAAAAAUUUUAUUUCUCUUCUCCUUAUUCUUUGGGAUGUCAGGUAUGAGGAUAACAACCAUCCAGGUUCCUGGGAAGUUAACCUUUCAUCUGUGUACAAACCAUGUUUGUGGUAAAUGUAACACAUUUGGAAUAAAAGGGUUGCGGGUUGCUCUAAUUUAUAGUGUAAAGAAGGAGGAUCGACUAUAAAUAGAUCUUGGAAAAGAAAGCAGUUCAAACUUCCAGAAAGCAGCUUUAUCUUGAGUGGAAUUUGGAGAAUACGGUCAAGGUAGUUAUGUCGUUACGUAACAGUAUGUUCCUGUUUCUCGUCCCGACAUCAGCCCUCAGUGAUUGGAGACAUUUUAGAUUGCUCAUAUUAAUAUCUCCACCGAAGGCACUUUUGAAGCUAUGGACUCCUAUCACUAGGACGUGUGCUGCAGGUUAUUUUUUUCCAGUUGUGCUAAAUCGAUCUGUUUAGAGUCUCCUGGACUCUUGGGACUAGUGUCCGCGAGAAUGCUGAGCAAAGUUGAGGGUAAACUGGGUAGCUGUGGAACUGGAUCGUGUUCUUUGUGAUGUCUCUGGCUCACCUGUGAUGGCAGGUGCAGGGAGGCCGUGGUAUUGCCCUGCGUGUGCGUAGCGUAGGAUUAAAACUGGAAGGGGCCAAGAAACACUUUCUUAGACAUCACAGUUUUUCUUAGUAAAAGGUGAAAUCCACCUGAAGAAAGCACCUUGUAAACCACAAACAAAUAUGGUAUUUUGCUUCUGUCCUUGGAAUAGGUCCUACAGUCUUGCAUCAAACUGAUAGGAGAAAUGAAUCAGGCUUUUUGUGGGAUUACUCCAACAGAGAACGGGGGUUCACUUGUCCUCGCAGUCACUGACUUGCAGUCUCUUUCAUCUCCCUGCCCCUCUUCUUGGAAGCCUGGCCUGCUCUUUCUAGGGAGGUGGAGAGGGUAAUUGAUCCGUGUGCUGCAGCAUUUUCUUCCGUAAGUCUUCCUUUCUGCGGGCCUCCCAUCGUUCGCUGAUACAGGCUGGUCACUGUUUUCCCUCCCGCCGCCGUGGAGAACUUGAGGGCAGUGCCCCCAUGGCAUUCGUGUUUCUGCCCCGAGUCUCCAGCCUGAUGCUUGGCAGGUAGCAGGUGUUAGAAAAAACAUUUCUGAAUGAAUGAAUACAAAGCUUGGCAGACCAGUUUCCUAAAAUGUGCUUUUAUUCCUUCAGUCUCCUCUUCCAGCCCAGGGUGGGCUGCAGAGAUCAAGAUCUUCUGGGAUGUGGAAGACAGAGCCACAAAGGCAGAUACGUGCAUUUUUUGUGUACAACUAAGCAUUAUUCAGAAUCUGAGUGUGUUUAAAGGACUCCUGAAAUGUAAUAUUCAUACCCUAAAUAGCACAUUUUCUGGAGUUUCUUAAGAACCCAGUGUUAGGCAAGUUACCAGCUGUAACGUAAUAACCCCAGAUCUCAGUGGCUUAUCACCUAUCACGGUACAAGCAUACAGCUCCGUGUCGUUGCCUCCUGACUCACGAUGCCGGGGACGAGGGAAGCCAGUGUUUUGCUCCCUGCAGCCGUUCAGCGCCACCCUAGUAUUCUGGAACCAGGUCCUCCUUUCUUGUGCCACCAUUUACCACCUUGUCUCCAAGGUCAGGAGGCAGGCAAAGCGAGCGGAGGCCCCCACGCAGCACGCUUUUAUGUGCCUGGCCCAGCCGUGCUGUACGUCACUUCUGCAGAUGUCCCCUUGGCCAGAGCGCAGUCACGUCCCAGCCUCAGUGCAGCCAGUGAAGAAAUCGGGCUCAGCGAUGGACCCGGAAGAAGCUGAAUGGGGUGCGGUGAGUACACCGCAUUGACUUUGUGGUCUGUGCCGCUUCUGAAAAGCCUGGAUGCCGUUGAACACUCGGCAUGCUGCAAAGCGCCUACUGCACGUGGACUGGGAGGUGCAGUUGGAAUUCUUGCCAUUUUCAGGAAGAUGUUUCAUCGCUUUACGAUGGGUAUCGAGUUAUCUGUGAUUUAAAAUUGCUACACUUGCUUUUUGUAAUUACAAAUCACAGGUGCUUUGGCAUCAUCAGCAUCAACUAAUGUGUGGUUAACUCCACAAUUCGUAAAGUCGUGCCUGUUUGCAUCAGCAGUAUAUAAUUUUCCGAAAACAAAAAACCCCUGCGUGUUUGUUGCACCAUUUUUAAAUAAUCUGUUCACAGCCAUUUCUUCUAUAACACGGGGCCGGUCUUCCAGUGGAACGUGGAAGGGGUGGGUGUGUUCAGCACACGUGAUGCCCUUUCUUUUCAGACGGACACAGACCCUUAGUUAGGUGGGGACAUGUGACGAAGUUCUGGCUUAAUGAAGAGUUAGCCGAAGAGAUGUCGACCAUCUUCAGGUCUGUUCGUGAAAACGUACCGGAUAGUCGUCCACGUACUGUUGCCUCUCUUCCUCACUACCUUAGACCAGGGCGUUGGCAAACAAGCCUCGGGGGCCAAGUCUGGCUCGCUGCCUACUUUUGUAAGGAAUGUUUCAGUGGAGCACAGCCUACCCGUUGGUUUAUGGGUACUUUUGUGCUACAGUGGUAGAGUCAAGUAGUUGUAACAGAGGCUGUAUGGCCAGGAAGGCCAAAGCCAAAGGUAUUUAUUAUUUGGCAGUUUAGUGAACUAGUUGGCGGAGCCCCAGGCUAACUGAGUGGAGAUCUUUGAGAAGGGCAGAGCCAUAAGAGAGGGGCAGCCUGUGUCCCUGAACGCGUGUGGAAGGCCACCUAACGAAGCAUAACUGGUUAAACCUUGUCUGAAUGAUCCAUUCUCAGAAUAUUAAGUGAACUGCAGUGUUUGCAUUUACUUCUCACAACCCUUAGCACUAUUAUUAAUCGUUAGGGCACAGGGGCCAUGGUAACAGGUGUGCUUAAAAAGCCUAGUUGAAAAAGUUUAAGAACCGCUGAUUUGUAACACCAGAUCCAGACUUCCUAAGCUACCUAAGCUUCAUAACAGCUAUGCUGAAUUCUUCUUUUGUGGGUGCCCCACAACACCUACAUCGGUGCACAUCCUUAGUGCUGAUCAUCAGGGGCUCCUGGGGACUUCUUUUCAACUUACAGUUUGUUGGGUCCUAUCUCAUAUUGAGUUAGAAUCUUUAGUGGAAUGGGCCCUGAAAUAAAAAUCAACAUCUUUAAGACUUAACCACUGAUUCUCAGUCAGGUUUAACAAUCACUAAUCUAAAUUAUAUCAUGUAUUUCCUAAGAGCUCAGUAAGUACUCAUUGAUGAAUAGGAAUUAGGAGUCCUGUUGGUGAACUCAUAGUUGAAUAGGUGACAUCGUCAUGUCAGUUUUGCUGACAGGGCCUUCGCUGAGGCGGAGGCCAAAGUAAGGAGAUCAGCUUGACUGUAACAGGGAUGUGGAGAGGACUAUGAGAUUUGGCCGAAUAGCUAAGACACAUCUAAAUCAUUGUAGGCAUUGAAAUGUCUGACGGUUUAAUAUUUAUGGCCUCUGUGCAUGAUUUUUUCUCAGGGUUCAGGUAAAACCUAGGCAUCAGUAGUGAUGAACAACACUUACAAAACAUGCGUGUGUUUAUACGCUACCUAUAAUAACUUGAAGAGAAACUCUGAGAUGGGUGUUCUUCUGAGCCUCCGUGAAAAAGUGUAGGAUUGAAGAACUCUACCCAGUCAAGGGAAUUCGUUAAGGAGAAAGUUCGUUGGGUAUGUCUUAUUCUGAAAUUAAAAAAAAAAUACACUGUCGAUAAUAUAAGCGUACCCUGUAUGGAGAGCUGAUGUUUGAUGUUAAGAGAGGAAGCUCGUCGGAGAGCAAGAACUUACGGGAGGUAUUUUUACUGGAGAAUUUCAUUUUGGGAAUAUCCUUCCAUUUGUGACUCCCACAAAGAACAUGCUUUCCCUUCAUUAUUUUUCCGCCUUACUGUAGUUGUGAAUACCAUGUGGCAAAAAGUCUCAGUUGCUCUAUGUUCACUUAAUGGUAUGUUUUAUAAUAUCAUUCCGGGUGUUACUGAUUUUAUUGGAGCAUAUAUGCAUGGAUUUCCAUUGACAGUCUUUGCUGUGGAAAACCCUGUGUGCCCCUUAGCUAUUUUUUAGGACAGUGCAGAAAUAGUGUCUGAGAUCAAGAACUCCUAUCUAUCACUAGUAUUUUGUAAUUUUGCAUGACAGAAUGCCUUUUACUUUUGGGAUCACAUUGACCUACUUCCCUUUCUCCCUUCUUUCUUUCCUUAACUAGUCAAUUCCUGUCUAUGGUUGUAUCAUACCUUUCUUAGAAGGUAUAAAAAAUUGUUACCUAGAAUGUAUAUUUAAAUGUGUUUCUUAUUUUCACAAAUCACCAAUCACCAUAGGCUUAUAAGCGUGUAAUCAUUAUUAUGGAGUUGCAGAACAUGUUCAUGAAAAAAAGACUGUUUACUAUAGGCCUACAUUUUGAUUUUAAAAAGUUAUAGCGAACAAAUGCUCCUAAAGAAAUAAUCCCAUUCAUAGUUUUAAAAUCUUCAUUUUUAUAACACUCCUUAUGGACCUUUUCUCCCCCUCCCGUGUGAAUUUACAACUCAGUCUUUGGCGUGGUAAACCUUAAAGUGCAUGAGGUUUAUUUUAAUAGCAGAAUUUACUUUUUGUUUGUCUAAUAUUAAAGAUAAUUUUGCCUAUUAUUCAUGACAGGCUAUACACCUUUUACAUAGCUGAAAACUUGUAGCCUCAUUUAUGAGACGGAAAACAAAAACUUUUGAGGUGAUUUUUAGAGCCAUUAAUCCAUUAGUGUCCCGGGAUUUGCAGAAAUGUGUCCAAUGAAACAGUGACUGGGAACACGGAAUAUGCAGUAUGAUGAGUUCCCUUAACACUAACUAGAACUUUCCUGCCGAACUCCCCAGAUGCCACUUGAAACUUUUUUUACCCUUUGUCAUCCUAAUACUCAUUAUAAUAGCUCUCAUUAAUUGGUACAUUUCCCGAUGGGUUAAUUUGCAGAUACCAACCAUGCCGUCCUUUUGCUAACUCACUAAUGCAAAUUGAUAUUUAUAGACUUCAAAAUUGAAAACAAAAAAAGCUCCAUAAGGAAAAAAGACGAAACUUUGUUAAGUUAUUGUUGUUGUUGUUGUUAUUUUGAGCUGAGAGAUUAAGAUACAGAGAGAUUUUGUGAGAGAAGCAAACCAGCCAAAAAAAUCCACAAAAACUACUGUAGGCUAAUAAACUGAUGUGAAAAUUUCUCAAUUUACAGCACUUGACAGGUGCUAAAAGAAAAGCAUCUUUAAUUUUAAUGUGUUGUUAGGACCUCUUUAGAGAGACUGUACAAGUUAUUAACAAGGUCCUCUGAGACAGGAGACGGGUAAUUAACAAGACCUAUGGAGAUAUAGUUUAGGUAAUUAACGAGCUCUUAGGCACUGGACACAGGAUAACACAGCGAGUCCAAUAGUUAAAGAGAACAAGUUGUUAUGAUAUGAUCAAAUACAAGCUAUAGUAUAUAAGUCCCCUUGAGAUUUCUGAUAGGAAAGUAUUAAGAUUAUAUUCUAGUGACCCCAGUGCACCAAAUUUUGUAAAUCAAUAUGUAAAUUUUAAUUUUUAAGAUAGAAUUUGAGAGGAUUAUUUCUUUGUAAGACCAACAAGCAGGGAAGCUUGCUACAUAUAGAUUAAUAAUCUUUGUUAAUCGCCAUUAAUGAACCUGUGCAUUAUGAGAACAAUACAUUGGAAAGACACAAAUGAUAUGAUUCUAAUUGUUUUAGACAUUUGCUGUUCUGUUUAGUCUUUACCUGUCUCCUGUCGGCUAAAAUUGUCUAUUCCAAAUUGACCUUGCUUUCCUCAUUCCCUUUAAAGCUCUCAGGAUCAAGGCCAGAAAGGCAACUGUUUUUCACCAGUGUAGCUUUUAUAUAAUAUUCACAGGUCCCUCCAGUCAUGCUCUUACGGUACUUUCUAGAGAUUCCCAAUUUCAGACAUUUGGUGUGUUUUUUUUCCUGCAUAAAUUUGAAAUUGUUGGGGUAUGCAUCGAUUUUUGGUUCAGAAGACUCCCACAAUCAGCAGACCUUUAUUAUAAACAUGUUAUACUCUGAAGAUUAAGAAUAAAAAGAAAGCCCUUGCAGGUCUCCUGAUUCUUUCCAUUGCCUCCUCAGGGUGACUAAUCCAGGCCUUCCAGAUGAUUUACUCUAAAUUUCAGAUCUGAGAAUCAAAUGGUAUUUUCAUUUGCGUUAUUUCUGGAUACUUACUAUAUACAGGAAACUCAGAGGUUAUCAAGGUAUAAAUCCUGCUCUUAGAGUUCAUAGAAGCAGGCAUGUACGUAUUAGGUCUCAAUUCCAUGCUAAGGACUGGACAUUGUAUAGGCACUGGGGAACCGUGAAAGAUAUUUAACUUAGGUUGUGAUAGGAUCAGAGUAAUUAUCUUAGCUAGCCCUGGAGCUUGGGGGACUCUGGUGGGGACAUGAAUGGGAAGGGGGAGAAAAGCUAGUUAGAAAGUUAGAACGAUUGUGGGGGCGAGAGUUGGUGGAGAUUACUUGGCAGUGAGGUUGGGAAAGAAAGGAACGUCUUGGAGAUGUUACUUUUGUAUGCAGAGGUCUGGAUGGUGGGGGGUUGGUAAAGCAGAAGAAACAAGGAUCAUUCCAAUGGUGUGUCUUUCAUCAGUGUCUUAAAUUUGUUGAAACACAAGUUACAA